AUGCGCUGCUUGGCAGCAGCCGCGUUGCUCGCACUUGUGGUGUGCUUGGCGGCAUGUCACCUCUUCUUGUUCACUGCUUGGUACUCCUUUGGCCGGAAGCUCUUCACGCGAGUGGAUAACGUGCACUUCAAGGAUAUUGAGCGGGCCAUUCAGAUCGCAGGCGCCUCCCACGUGCCAGAUGGCGAAGCAUCGGCCAAGGAGAGACGGCUGGCCCUGCUGUUCAUGCUGCGCACCAACUUGGUGGAGAUUGAGCUCUGGCGAAGGUGGCUGCAACCGGGCCUCGACAUGACAGGCCAUUCCGACGAGCACCUGCGUGUCUCCUUGUAUUUUCACGUGGCCGACGGCUUUCAGGCAGCAGGCCCAGAUGUCGUGGCAGCACUCCAGGCGCUCCCGGGAACGCGGAAGGUCCUCAACCCGGUCGGGACCGGAUGGUGCGAGUUGAUGGCUGCAGAGGUGGCGCUGCUGCAAGCAGCGUUGAUGGAUGAUCCGGGAGCGGAAAUGUUUGUUCUGCUGCCACAUGACGCCGGUUUGACAGACUGUGGCGCUGUGUGCAUGCACCAGGCAGCUUCGAAGGUCUGUAUGGACAAAGCAAGUGCCAGUGCACUUCGGGGCGGUGUUGCCGCGGCGGUGGUCCAAGCCAUCUGCGUUCCAGCCUUCAUGUGGAUGCGAACUGUGACAAACUACCAGUACCGGCACGGUGGUCGAGUGCUGGAUGUUGCACGGAGAUUAUACGCAGAAGGUGGUCCUCGCCGCUUUUACCGAGGCGUCGUCCCUGCAUUGGUGCAGUCGCCAAUCCUGCGAUUCGGUGGCUUGGCCGUCAACGAAGGCCUUCUUUCAGCAACAGCCAAUCACUCACUGUCCCACACAGCUACUGCAGCAUUGUCCUCGGCCGCGGCCACUGGAUUGAAGAUCCUUCUCAUGCCACUCGAUGCCUGGCAGACAGCAAAGCAAGUGAAUGGUCAGCAGGGCCUGGCCCUGCUGAUGGUGGAAGCCAAAAGUCGACCUUUGAGCCUGUGGCGAGGCACUGCAGGAUGUUUGACGGGAACGUGGAUUGCUCAUUAUGCCUGGUGCUUCACCAACAACUGGCUCCACGACACGUUGCCAGUGUCGGCCUUUGGCAAUUCAGAAAUGGCGAGGCAGGACAUGCUGUUUGUAGCUGCAAGAGCUGUGAUCACUCUCUGCAGGGGUGCCAGCAUUGGAUUUGCGGCAAAUGUGGCUGGGGAUUGUUGUAUUGAAAACGAUACGGCAAACCGCUGGAACUUCCAUUUCCUACCAGGGUGCGAUCAAGGAGUUUGUUCGGACGUGGCCUUCCAACCAAAGUGGCAUCAAGUGGAUUGCAAGGAGCUGCAGGGAACUCAGGCAUUGGCAACAGCUGGCAGCAAGAGCAGAGGACAGUCGGUUGCUUCUUCCCAGGCUUUCCUCAUCGGCUACGAAGCGGUGCUCAGACAGGGCAGCAUUUUCAAUGGUCCGAAGCCUCAAAUCAACGCACACUGCAAGUUGCAGUGUGCUCGGCUUCUGCCUGUAGCAUGCAAGCUGUUUCCUGUGCCCCUUCCCAUUUUGGUAUUUGUGCUAGAGGCUCUGAAUCCUCACCAGAGGGGAGGAAUUGCCAAGAAGCAGGUGCCUCAUGAUUGCGCACAUGGCAUCUUGGCUCGCAAGAUGCUCUUGGAAGCAAUGGCCUUCAGAAUCAUCUUCAUCCACGGGCAGACUGCCAAACGUUGCCUUCGGUGCUGCGUUGCUGCUCUGGGAAUGGGAAGGCUGGCACUGAGCAGACGGCAUGCCCUUCGGGUGGCGAGCGCACGGGCACUGAAAGCUGCGGACGCAAUCUUCGAGUCUGCGUAUCUGGGCGAACCGCUUUGCUCUGACGAAGUCUUGCCACUUCUGACACUGGCGCUGGCAGAGGAGCAGCUUUCAGGGUCAAGCUCCGACAUGGAACUGUCUGACUUGCCGCUAUACCAGAAGGCGGCAAAAGGGCUCCAGUUUUUCGAGGACGGCCUCAGAGAUCUCGGCGUGCGAGCUGAGUGCAUUCUGUACGCGCCCUGGCCUGGUUGUGGCGUGGCAGAGCAGCCCAGCCUCAAGCGAGCAAAGAGUCCCUUGCUUGGGGGUGGCCUCCUGCCAGCCGAUCGCGAUGCUUUGCUUCAAUCGUUGGCAGACAUGGGGGUCUUGUUCGCGCGGAAGUUGGGUACAUCUGGCGGGAAUGUCACAGCUCACUUGGCUAUGCUCCAUGGCCUCGACUCCGGCAAAAGGCCGCAAGCACCCCACCGACUCUUCCCAUUGCCACCGGAGGAGCGUGGCGGCCCAAUUGUUCUGACAAGAUGGUACUUAGCCAGCCUCAAGGCUCGGCUGCCUCCUGCUGCCAUUGUGGUGCUGUGCGGCUGCGCUGCUGUGCUUGCAGGACAGCUUGUGAUUGUCACAGGCGUCAUCUCCAAAAAGAACUUCACAGUCUUGGUCGGCGUCUACGUCUUCGCCCACUUUGUGGUUUUCUUUGUGUCCGUUGCAGCUUUCGUCGAGUAUUCCCUGCUUGAGCCGUUGCGCAAGGCUGGGCUGGUUCGCAAAGUCGAACUCUGA